ACAAUGGAGAACCGCUCACUCCUCCUGCUGUGCAUCGCUGUGGCUUGUUCAAUCUGGAUGGUCCAGGGAAGAAGCCUGAAGGUCAGGAUCGAUGAUGAUGAUGAUGAGCUGGGAGAACCUGAUGUAGACGUACAACGGCUUCCAGGGAUGUGCUGGGGAUGCAAAUGGGCUUUGAACAAGUUGAAAAAACAACUUGGAUCAAAUUCCACCGUGGAGGCCAUUAAAGCAAAACUGAGAUCCGUCUGCGAUGGGAUUGGAAUACUGAAAUCACAGUGCCGUAAAUUUAUGAACGCACACCUUGGAGUCCUGAUUGAGGAGCUGACCACGACUGAUGACGUCAGAACGAUUUGCGUCAACGUUGGAGCGUGCAAGCCAAAGGAUCUGGAAAUGAUCUUCUAUCCAAACAAACAGGAAUUGCGACGCAUCGAGAUCAGUGAGGUCAACUGACAGCCAGACACAUAAAUGGAGCUUCAUGCAACUGAAAGCAUUCAAACGGCAAAUAAUGAGCUUUUCUUGGCUUCCUUUAACUAAAGCA